GCUGAGUGAUGUUAAUAGUUGGGUUCUGAAGGUUGACAAACUGAUGAAGGAUUUGGACCAAGAGAACUUGAGUGGUGAUGCGUACAAGGAAAAACUUGCAGACCUUCAGAGAGAGAUGCUUAACAUGAGCAAAUACCAGAAUGCCUUUAAGUGGCUAGAAGAAUCUUUGGGCGAAUUAACAGAUCAAGCUCCAAAUGCUGACACAAAAAGGGAGAGAGAACAGCUACAAGAAAUCUAUUCCAGAUUUCUAGAUUUCAAGCCUAAUAUGGAUUCAACUUUACAGAAGUCUAGUAUUGUAUCUAAGGCAUACGAGUACAGAGAUAAUGUUGACAAGAAGCUCAGCUGGCUGGAUGCAGUUUACAAACUGGCAGUGGAGCAAAGAGAUAGAGACGUUGACAGUUUGCAGGAUGCAAUUGUCUGCUUAGAUGAGAUUGAGACUCUGUCUGACAAACUGGAAAUUGAAAAAGCUAACAUUCAGGAAGAAGUUGAAGCAGGCAAACAUCUUCAGAGAGACAGAAACGCUCCGGCUUUCAUCCAGCAGUCUGCAGCUGAACUAGACAGAAAAUGGAAAGAUACCAAUGAAGUGGUGAAAGCAAGGCAUGAAAGAAUUCGGGAUCAGGUGACUGACUGGGAGAGAUAUGAAAGUGAAAAGGCUGCAUUUUUGGUACACAUGAAAAAGGCUGAGGAGGAACUAGAACAUCCUCUAGCAGUACUGAGUCAAGGCAGUGCAGAGAAAGAGUUGCUUUCUAAAAAGGAGCUGCAAACGACAUUGAGCAAUCUUCAGGGUAAUUUGAUGCAGAUUGCCAGACUGAAUGCCACACUGGCAGAAGGAGCUGGUCAAGUCCACCAAGAACAGCUGAAAGGGGAAGUUGUUGACUUUGAAAAUAAACUUGAUGAUGUUUCUCAACACCUGGAGGCAAAGUUAGUUGAACUGAAGGCUGCCCUGGACAACUGGAAUGAGUACAGUGGGAGGCUCUUUAAUUUUUCUGACUGGUUGACUGCAGAGGAAACCAGACUGAAUGAGAUUUAUGAGAGUAAAAAUAUCACCCCAGAGAUCCAUUUUCAGGAGCUUCAG